AUGGAAUCUGCAAAUGAUAAAGAGUUCAUGGUUGUACUUCCUGAUGGAGAAUUAGCAUUAGCAACUGAAGUUAAAACUCCUCAAAGAUCUCACCUAAUUUGCUAUAAUUGCAAGACCCACCUUGUUUAUGAAAGUUUCGCUGAAACAGUUCGAUGUGGAGUAUGCAAUUCUUUAAAUGGAACUCAAUAUUAUGCACCUCAUUCAAUGAAUUAUAUUGUAUGUCGAUGCGGAAUUUGCCAUACAAUGCUGCGAGCUCCUGCAAACUGUGUAGCCGUUUGCUGUCCUAAUUGUCGGUCAAUUUCAAUAAUCGGUAGAUAG